AUGCCUACGCUUAGUUCCGUCCUUCCAAUCUUCGCUCUGUUAAUCAGUUCUUCCUGUUUUCAAUGUCAGCCAACUUCGACAGCCUCAAGUCCAAGCGGCUCGAGUACUAUCCUUUCAAACAUCACGACUCCCUCGACUUACACGUCCCUUUUAACUAACACGUCCCUUCCAACUAACACAUCUGUCGCAACUGAUACAUCAACCGAUUUUCGAGAUCCUUGCGCCCGGCUACCACUCACGCCUGAGUUAUGGCAAUCGCUGAACCUGGACGAUUAUUUACUGAAUUUCCCUGGAGGAAAAAAUUUAUCUCUCGAGUCUUUUGCCGAAAAAGUAGGAGCCACUAACUUCGAGUGCGGAAUCGGAAAAAUGUGCAAUGCUAACCAGAUAUGCUUGCCAGUUCGCGGUCGGGAUUGGUAUAUCCUUGUAGCUGUCCAAAACUGGAACUCACUUAACAAUCAAAUGUACCAAGCAACUGCUUUCGCAUUGAACAUCAUCGAAGGCUUAGCUUCAUCAAUUGUGAAUGAUUAUGCGCCGCAUCAACCUGAUGUUCUUAUGAUAGGCGGUACGUUCAUGGGUGACGUUGCUGGCCUAUUUGGCGCCAUCCCCGGCUUCGUUUUCCCGGCUGUGAUGGCCUUCAUUGGGGGCACACUUUGGCCAUUCAUUCAGGGUGGCACCGGUUUUGCGACGGGAUUAUACUGGACGUACCACAAUGUGUACGCUAAGCUUCCAUCCGAUGAAUUCUCCAAAACGAUGGAUGUGAAUUAUCUGCUAUCAAACGCUCAAGCGGACACUCAAGCAAAACUCUCAGAGGCUACAAAAAAAGUCCUUGAUAACGGUAUCAGCACGGACGAAGGAAUCUACGGCGCCUUGAAGGGUGGGGUUUUCCUCAACAACCACUUCUCGGAUAACGAACGUUCCGAAGAUGACAUACGAAGUGCAAUCUCUGAUGUGGCCCGGGCACGGCUGAUUGCAGCUAUCUGGAAAGCCACUAAGUUUUUCGUAGUAAGGGGACAUAAACCAUGCACCCAAGAUGGACCGAAUGGCGCCAUGCCUGGUGAUGAUGUGUUUUCCUAUUGCAAUGCUGACGGAAUGAUGAUGAAUAUUGUGCAGUCGGCUAAAGGCAAACUGCUUGAACAUUUCCCAUCAGCGAAGUUACUUUCUUCCAAAUAUAAUCUCACGACGCAGUACUUUGUUGAGCAUUCUUGGGGUUGCCAAGAAAAGUAUGGAAGUUACAGUUACGAUCCAUAUAAAAAAACAAUACUUCCCCCAAACCCAGACGCUGAAUGUAUUUGUAGGCGCUUACCAACCUCUUUUUUGAACUCAUCAAAGAUAUACAAAAAGCAGCAAAGAGGACAGGAGUGCUCAAAGCCUGUCGAGACGUUGGCCAGCUCCCGGGUAUUUGAAGUGCCCUGUAUCAUAAUAAAAAUCUAA